AUGGCCAUUCUACAAUUUGGUCAUAUAGCAUCAUGGCCAUUCUACAAUUUCCUACUAUUUCUUGACAAUGCGACCGACACUGGUGAGCGAUUUUGUACCGUCGUUGACGAUAACGUGAAGCUGGAGUAUGAAGAAGAUAUGGAGGAAGAGGACAUCAUCGAUGUUGAGGAUUUGAGUGUUGUAAACGACGAAAAUGUUGUUCCGUUGCGAGUUGAAGCACCCGCGAGUCGAUCUUCGUCUAAAAUCACUUGGCGCAUUGGCAACGCGAAAGUGCAUGAAGUCAAAAGAAUGUCAAAAGAACUAGUACCAAGUCAAAUUUGUUCUGGGGUUCCAAACUCAGUUGCAAAUGUGAAAGAUUUAGGGUACUUUUCUCGUCUAAAACAAACUGAUUGUGCAGCUCUGCUCUGUGGACACAUUUUCCAUGGUGAUUGUAUCGAAGAGUGGUUCAAGCAUACGGAAACCCCCACUUGUCCCAACUGUAGAGCUCACACUGCCACAAACCAAGUAGUGCGUCGCCUUUUCUUCAGUGCUUCCGAUGAUACAACACUCGUUGAUGAACUGAUGAAAACUCUCAGCGAGAAAAAGUAUGCUUUCUCACGUGCUCAAGCGGAAUUACGGGGACUCAAGAAAACUCUCAGUGAGAAAAAGAAUGCUUUCUCACGUGCUCAGGCGGAAUUACGGGGACUCAAAAACGAUUAUAAAAACCUAGAAAACAAGCUCGCACUGGAACUCGUCGAAAAAUCUCAGCUUCUGGAGAGAGUUGUUCUGUUGCGUAGUCAGAAUGACAUCCAAAUUAAGCAGCUGGACGAAGCAAAGAAUUUACAAAAAAAGCUCAAAGCAAAAUUACAUGAAGAGCGGAAACAACUGACGGAACUUAGGAAAAAGAAGAGCGAUUUUGAAGCACAGAUCAAGAGUAUGGAAGAACAAACUAGAGUCUCAAUGAAGAAGGAAAACAAUUUGGAAAAACUUGUUAAGAGUAUGGAAAAACAGCUGAAGAUUUAUAAGAAAAAGGAGAGUGAUUUUGGAGAACCCGUCAAGAGUUUGGAAGGAGCAGCGCAGAUACCAGAGGGAAAGAAGCAAUUCUAGAACUGUUAAGGCUGAAAAAUUGGUGUGAUAUCCGUGCCGUAGAUGUAAACACUGGCAGAUGCUCAUAUAUUUCUUUUACGUUCUACCAUAAAUGAUAGCUCUUGUAGAUGUGUCCUAAACUG